CCGGGUCUCCGCGUGACUCAGAGUUCCCGCUGCGGAGCGUCGGACAGGAUUUCUCCGGGAUUUUUGAUUCGGUGCGCAACAGCGAGCGAAGCAGGAGGUGGCAGGUGUUCUGGGAGAGGACAGGAAAAGGAGGAGGAGGACAGUCCGGACGAAUGACUGGAAAUCAACUGGUUGGAGCUUCGGUGGGUCAGUUUUAUUAGUAUGCUGCUGGAGUCUCCUGCUGCCGACAUCCAGCCGGAGGACUGACCGGCAGCCCUGAAGUCUCCGUGCCCGCUGGGUGACUCCUCUCCCCGGGGAGGAGGAGGAGGACCCAGACUGCGGUUCUGACGGACACACCACCGCCUUCUGGACCUGAAAGAUGAUGGGUUUUCUGCGCCGGACGUUCAGCCGCCGGAGCCGCUUCCAGACGGGAGAGAGGGACGAGCAGGACGGUCCAGGAGGAGGAGGAGGAGGAGGAGGAGGUGGGGUGAGCGGGAACCCCCUGCUCCUGCCCCACCAGCAGCAGGUAGUCCACGCGCCAGCAGUGGUCUCCGGAGGUGCGUCGGUCCACAUCCCGGCGGCCGGGUCGGCGAGGACCACCAUCACCUGCCGGGUCCUGCUGCUGGACGGCUCGGAUGUGAGCGUGGAUCUGGCUAGUAAAUCCAAAGGCCAGGACCUUUUUGAUCAGAUCAUGUACCACAUCGAUCUGGUCGAGACCGAUUAUUUCGGGCUGCAGUUCAUGGACGCCGAUCAAGUUUCACGCUGGCUGGAUAUGUCCAAGCUCAUAAAGAAGCAGAUCCAAGAGGGUCCGUCUUACCGACUCUUCUUUCGAGUGAAAUUCUACUCUUCGGAGCCAAACAAUCUGCGUGAGGAAUUCACUCGGUAUCUGUUUGUUUUGCAGCUUCGACAAGACAUUUUGUCUGGCAAAUUAAAAUGUCCGUACGAUGUGUCAGUGGAGCUGGCGGCAUAUUGUUUACAAGGCGAGAUGGGCGACUGCGACCCUUUGGAGCACUCUCCUGAGCUGGUGUCAGAGUUUCGCUUCACUCCCAAACAGAGCGAGGCCAUGGAGGCGGACAUCUUCAACAGGUGGCUGGAGCUCAGGGGACAGAGCCCGUCGCAGGCAGAGAUUUCUUUUCUCAACAAAUGCAAGUGGCUGGAGCUUUACGGCGUAGAUAUGCACUUUGUCAAGGGUAGGGACGGAGGAGAAUAUGCACUGGGCCUUACUCCGACUGGAAUCUUAGUUUUUGAAGGGUCCAAUAAAAUCGGGCUUUUCUUUUGGCCGAAAAUCACUCGGCUGGAUUUCAAAAAGAGACGCCUGACGCUGAUGGUGGUGGAGGACGACGAACAGGGUCGUGAGCAGGAGCACACCUUCAUCUUCCAGCUGGCCUGCCCCAAAAACUGCAAACACCUGUGGAAGUGCGCCGUGGAGAGCCACGCCUUCUUUCGCCUGCGCCAGCCGACCGCAGGCAAAGCCAGCCACAGCGACUUCACCCGACUCGGGUCUCGCUUCAGAUUCAGUGGAAAGACGGAGUAUCAGGCCACUCACGGCGGCCGGGUGAGGAGAACCAGCACGUUUGAGAGGAGGCCGAGCAAGCGGUACCCGUCGCGCACUCAACACUUGCUGGGCAAAGCUGCUGUUUCUCCAGCCAAGCCUCCACACAUCAGCUCUCAUGCCAGCCCUAAUCCCAGCCUGCAUGCGUACCAACACAACAUUCCUAUUGGUCACGAUCUGUGGCAUCCAUCCCACCCCGCUCUCACAACCUCGGUUUACCUGCAGCCCUCCAGUCACACGCCGCCCCACAGUUUCCCUCUGAGUGGUCCUGCUUCAGACCAUCAGUACAGCUCGUCAGAGAAUGAAAACUGUUACUCUGGGAAGAGCCACCACCGUCGCCACACACACAGCCAGGACACACUUUGCCACACACACACCAAGAACAAACGUCGAGCUCCUCCCUGCCCUGCAGAAUUGGACAUCUCUCAGUCUCUUCUCAAAGCUCUGGAGACAGACGACCAUUCUCCUCCCUGGCCUUCGCUUCACAUAAACAUUGACAAAAAGGGAGACGAGAAGCAGUUGUCGGAAAAAUCUCUGCACCCCCCUGCUUCUCCUGUGGCCCUCCCUGAUCACCUCAAAUGUAACAUCCUCAAAGCCCAGAUGGAGGCAGCUUUUAGGAAGGAGACUCCAACAACGCCCAGAGGAAAGAGCUCAAAUGAGACCCUCAAUGGCAGGUAUCAGAGUUCAUCCCAAGACUCUGCAGCAUCCAGUUUGACAGCAGAAAAGACGCCGCACCGGCAGCAGGACCGUAACUUAACAGCAGAGGAACUGCAGGCCAAAGGCAACCCCAGCUCCAACCGCAGGAAACGCCUCGUCCGACAGUUCAGCUUUAACCACGAGGAUGAAGACGAUCUACCAGAAGCUCUUGCAGCCAUCUCUUCUCAGAGUGCAGGAAAGUCAGGAUCUAGCAGCUCUCUGGACAAACAGAUACAACCAUCUAUAUACCCACAGGUGGAUAAUAUGCCAACACUGGAGCUGAGUAGUCCAUGCUGUCCCUCUCCUUCGCCUUCCCCCCACCUCUCCCCUUCUUACUACCGUAGCUCUAUGCCUCACCUGGUCCCUUACCUCACUGCUCAUAACAACAGCGGAGAGGAAAUUAAGUUGGACAGAGAGAAGAUCCUGAGAGCCCUGCUGAUGACUGAACUCUGAGGCCUGGACCCUCAAACGCUGCAACUUCACACAGACAGAACAAAACAGGCAGAAGCCAUCG